AUGAUCCUUGCCCUGGACGACCUCCGAUCACAUGCCACGGACGCCGCCUCGGGCCUCGCAGCCGACGAAGACGAGGAGGCGGCCCUGGCGGAGCUGCACCUGCUGAUCAAGCUCCUGAAAGAAGCUAUCCGCGCUGGGGCCCUGGCGCCAGAGCCGCUCGCGCCCGGCGCCGGCGCCUCAUCGGCAGGGACGCCCAUGACGUGGGCGGAGGGCAGCGCCGUGGCAGGGGAGCUGCUGCCGUCCGAUCUGGUGACGCAGAUCGUGGAAUUCCUGCGGUCCUUGAUCAAGACUCUCACAUGGCCCGUGCCGGUUGUGGAGGCGGGGCGGGAGGGGGCGUGGAAGACAGACAGGGAGUUUGGGCGCCAGAUUCUAGCCGGCCAGAACCCUGUGGGCAUUGUGGCGAUCACGAGCAAGGAUGACAUCAGCGCCCUGGAGGCAAAGGGCAGCACGCUCUUCAAGGCCGUCAGGGACGAUUACGGCGGCCAGCUCGAGGGCAAGUCCCUGGAAGAGCUCGCCGCCGCCCCCGGCCAGCCCAGGCUCUUCUAUGUGGACUACGCCCCUGACGCCCUGCUGCCCUACCUGGCGCGCGUGCGGGACGCAUACCAGGACCGCGCACUGCACGCCGGCCGCGUGCUGCUCCACCUCAGCGACGCGGGUGACCUGCUGCCCGUCGUCAUCGAGCUCAAGUCUGACCCCGAUGAGCUGUUUAUCGCCUACACCCCGAAGUCAGGGGAGGCCCUGUGGCUGCUGGCCAAAACAGUAUUCAGCUCCCUGGGUGCGUGCGUCGACUUGACCAUAUUGAACGCAGGAGUCCCCGGGCAAAUCCUCGAUGACGGCAGCGCCAGAGCGCGUCGGGGCGUCAUCUGCCUUGCCAAGCCAAAAGCGUCCUUGCCCCGCUAG